AUGCCCGUCGGAAUCGCCCAGGUGCUCAAUGGUACCACGAGCGACAUCACUUACCACAAUUUGGAGUCCAAUCGCCAGUUCGGGGUUCAGGGCAGGACACGCUCGCAGUUUGACAAUGAUAAGCUACCUAGCUCAGAGACGACCGACGACACCCUCCCCUGGUACGAUUCUGGCCGCGACGACAAGUACAUCGCCAUUGGUGCCCUCGGCCACAAUCUGCGGCUCUGCGAGCGUGAUGCCCGGUUUCACAUCUACGACAAUAAUGGCCAUUCCCUGUCAUUUGGCCACUUGACCAAUGGAUACAGAUAUGUGUGCAGGUUUGAUCCUAUCAAGCGACCGAAUGGGCAAGACGGCCUCUCCAUCAGCGUCUACGUGUACGUCGAUGCCAUGCAUAGCUCUAAUGGGGAGGUUAGCGCAACCAUGCUGCAGGAUCACGAGCCUAAUGCUGCUAUGAUUCUGAUUACCUGGACUUAG